AGAAUUCUCAAAUAUUCCUAACUGCUUCUCUCUCUCUCUCUCUUGCUCUUAUUCUUUCUCUCUCACUCUCUCUCUCUUUUUCCACCCUUAAGCCAAGUACAAGGAUAGUUGUCUCAUUAUUGGCUUAAAAUGAUGUUUUUGAACAAGAAGACGCUGGGUACUUUUGGUGACUAGCACUAUCUCUGUUUAUUUCCUUUUAACCUCCUGAGCUAUUGUUUAGCAAUACACCCUUUUAUCUCCAUUGCUACUGAAGCUGAAUGUUACUUGGGUGGAAAGCAUAACUGCUUUCUUUUCUACAUCCUUAAACCCUUUGCUGAUGUUACUGUUUGAGAGUCCCCAAAGCCAGGGUUCUGGGAGAGUCUGGCAUGUCUGAACAGCUGAACUACAGAAUAAUGGAGUAGGGCAGGCUUUACCAAGCCAGUUCACUCAAGUUGCCUCAUCUAUACCCCUCCAAACCCUGUGAGGUGGACCUUCCAGCCUCUAGGUGCUGUGCUGUCCUGAAGUCCGGUCCAUGGUGCCCAAGGAAAGCCCCUGAAGCUCACCAGGAGGAAGACGCAUGCAGGGCACUCCCAGAGGAGGGACGCGCCCUGGGCCAUCCCCCAUGGACGGGCGGACACUCCUGGUCUUCAGCUUUAUCCUGGCAGCAGCUUUGGGCCAAAUGAAUUUCACAGGGGACCAGGUUCUUCGAGUCCUGGCCGAAGAUGAGAAGCAGCUUUCACUUCUCAGGGAUCUGGAGGGCCUGAAGCCCCAGAAGGUGGACUUCUGGCGUGGCCCAGCCAGGCCCAGCCUCCCCGUGGAUAUGAGAGUUCCUUUCUCUCAACUGAAAGACAUCAAAGCUUAUCUGGAGUCCCAUGGCCUUGCUUACAGCAUCAUGAUAAAGGACAUCCAGGUGCUGCUGAAUGAGGAAAGAGAGGCCAUGGCGAAAUCCCGCCGGCUGGAGCGCAGCACCAGCAGCUUCAGUUACUCCUCAUACCAUACCCUGGAGGAGAUAUAUAGCUGGAUUGACAACUUUGUAACGGAGCAUUCCGAUAUUGUCUCGAAAAUUCAGAUUGGCAACAGCUUUGAAAACCGCUCCAUUCUUGUCCUGAAGUUCAGCACUGGUGGUUCUCGGCACCCAGCCAUCUGGAUUGACACUGGAAUUCACUCCCGGGAGUGGAUCACCCAUGCCACCGGCAUCUGGACUGCCAAUAAGAUUGUCAGUGAUUAUGGCAAAGAUGGUGUCCUGACAGAUAUACUGAAGGCCAUGGACAUCUUUAUAGAGCUCGUCACAAACCCUGAUGGGUUUGCUUUUACCCACAGCAUGAACCGCUUAUGGCGGAAGAACAAGUCCAUCAGACCUGGAAUCUUCUGCAUUGGUGUGGAUCUCAACAGGAAUUGGAAGUCGGGCUUUGGAGGAAAUGGUUCUAACAGCAACCCCUGCUCAGAGACUUAUCACGGGCCCUCCCCUCAGUCGGAGCCAGAAGUGGCUGCCAUAGUGAACUUCAUCACAGCCCAUGGCAACUUCAAGGCUCUGAUCUCCAUCCACAGCUACUCUCAGAUGCUCAUGUACCCUUACGGCCGAUCGCUGGAGCCCGUUUCAAAUCACAGGGAGUUGUACGAUCUUGCCAAGGAUGCGGUGGAGGCCUUGUAUAAGGUGCACGGGAUCGAGUACUUUUUUGGCAGCAUCAGCACCACCCUCUACGUGGCCAGUGGGAUCACCGUUGACUGGGCCUACGACAGUGGCAUCAAGUAUGCCUUCAGCUUUGAGCUCCGGGACACUGGGCGCUAUGGCUUCCUGCUGCCUGCCACACAAAUCAUCCCCACGGCCCAGGAGACGUGGAUGGCGCUCCGGACCAUCAUGGAGCACACCCUGAAUCACCCUUACUAGCAGCACGACUGAGGGCAGGGCAGGAAGCUCCAUCCUUCUCCCCAAGGUCUGCGGCUCCUCCUGAAACCCAAGUUAUGCAUCCCCAUCCCCAUGCCCUCAUCCUGACCUCUUAGAAAAUAAAUACAAGUUUGAACAGGC